AUGGAGAAAAAAAAAGACUGGACAUCCCUCGCUCAUCAUAGACUGUUUAUGGAUUCUCCAGCCUAUAAAACGUUUCUUGAUAAUCUAGAGCCGAUUGUUCAAAGUGCGGAUCUUGUUCAUGUGGAUCGCUUGACGGAAUUGGUGUUGAAUCAUAAUGGGGAGGGGGUACUGGAGAUGGCGGUCUUUUAUGAUGUGGAGGAUGUUUUUGUUGAGGUUAGUGGAAUGUAG